AUGACAAAUAUUAUCUCAUUUCUCUAUUGCAAUUCGGACGACUAAUUAAUGGAGGGCAAAAGAUGUGCAGUUGUUACCGGAAGUUACAAAGGGAUUGGAUUCGAAACAUGUCGUCAACUUGCUUUGAGCGGGAUACAAGUCGUAUUAACGGCUAGAAACGAGAGUCGAGCGGCUGAAUCUGUUGAAAAACUCAAAGAAUCCGGCCUUUCGAAUGUCCUUUUUCAUCAACUCGAUAUCAAAGAUCCAAGUAGCAUAACACGUUUGGUCAAAUUCGUCGAAACCCACUUCAAGAAACUCGAUAUCUUGGUCAAUAAUGCAGCAGAAGGUGGAGUUAUUUAUUUAAAUGAAAAAAAAUUUAAAGAUGGAGGAGGAUUUGUGCAAGUGUUGGAUGAGAAUGUACACCUUCUGACCGGCGUUAUGGAGCAAACUUAUGAAUUGGGACAAGAGUGUUUGAAAACAAAUUAUUACGGAACCAAAGGAAUCACUGAAGCGUUUGUUCCUCUUCUUCAGCUCUCUAACUCGCCAAGAAUUGUGAAUCUUACCUCCUCUUUCGGAGACCUACACUGGUUUCACAAUGAGAAGUUGAAAGAAGAAUUGGAAGAUAUCGAGCAUUUAACUGAAGAGAGGAUCGACGAGAUUAUCCAAUGGUUUUUAAAGGAUUUAAAGGCUGAUAAGUUGCAGGAGAAUGGAUGGCCUCUGACCGCAUCUGCUUAUAAAGUUUCGAAAGCCGCUGUUAAUGCUUACACAAGGCUAAUGGCAAGAAAGUUUCCAAAUAUUCUAGUGAAUUGUGUGCAUCCUGGGUAUUGUGUAACAGAUAUCACAUCAAAUACAGGAUUUAGUACUGCAGAAGAAGGUGCUAAAGGUCCGGUAAUGGCUGCUUUGUUGCCGAAUGAUGGACCAUCAGGGGUCUAUUUUAGUCAAACGGAAAUAACCCCAUUUAUGAUUGCAAAAAGAUCAAUGUAAUAAGAACAUUUUAUUAUUACUCUUUGUAACGAAAUCGUAUCAGCUUUUUAUUUCGAUUAGUUUGUUCAUUUGAAUUUGAAA